CAUGUGGUAUUUACACUUCUUACUAGAAUCAUUAUCACCGCUCGGUGUCCUCCAAAUCAGUCGCAUUGAAUAGAAUAAAAGUUUGUCAUUCGUUUAACAGUUGUGAUGCGAAGGUGUGUAAUUAAUUUUAAUACAUUGUCAUACCUUGAGUAUUAUAUUUUGUUGGACAUCAAUUUUUUCUAUGUUUUAUUCUGCAGAAAGUGAAUAUUUCAUUUUAUUAUUUUUUAUUUUUAUUGUUAAUUAAAUUUAUAAAAUGAGUAAUUUGUGUUGUGUGAGUUUAACAAUUGCUGCUAGAAUAAUUGCGGCAUUGGGACUGUCGAUUUCAAUUCUCAUGAUCAAUGUGGUAAUGAGCGCAUUUUUUGUUAAAAAUGAACCAGAUGAUUUUUACGCGACAAUUAAAACUUGGACUAUAUUAGGACUACACUGGACUCAAUAUAUUAAAAAUUUUAAAUUAUAUAAUGAAGUUCAAGCUGUUUUUUUUAGUUUUCUAAGCUACGCAAUUCUAUUAUUAUUGUCCUGCACAUUACUCGCGUUCGCAACCAUAGUAAGAAAACCAAACUGUGCGUUACCAUGGAUGUAUUUACAAAUUAUCAGUAUAGCCGAUCAAAUAACAGCUUUGGUAAUUCAUUUAACAGCUUAUUCGAAUUCUAAUAAUACUCAGACGUCACCUUUAUACUGGCAUUCUUCACUGUCUAGUGUUUUUCUCUUACUAUCAGCUUACUUUUGGAUGAUUGUUUUCUCAGCCCGCGAAAGCUGGCUAGGAAAUCAUAUUCGUACGACAGUUAAUUUUGACAAUUUGAAUCCGACAAUAGAAGAUAAUUUGCCGCGUGAUUCAAAUUUACCAAAGACUCCGUCAUAUCUCGCACAAAGUGCAAUAUUUUUUCAACCUACUCCUCCGGAUAAUCUUAACUCGAAAGCCAACGUAGUAUAAGAUUAACUAAUAUUUGUAUAUAUUUAUAAAUAUAAAGUAACAUUAAUUAGUCUGAUGAUAAUUACUAACUGCAAUAUAAAUUUUUAUAAGGCUCGUGACUUUUAAUUAAACGAUUAUAAAUUAUAAUAAAAAAUAUCUAGCUCUCUUAAUAUAUAUAUAUAUAUAUAUAUAUAUAUAUAUAUAUAUAUAUAUAUAUAUGAAAAAAUACUAUAUCGUAAAAACUAAAUGUGUCAGUCAAACAAGUAGUUCGUUAUCUGUCAAUAGCGAUUACUUUUUCCGACUCAUUAAACUUGAUAAUUUUUAUUUCAAUAUUAAUUUUAAAAAUUUCUUUUGGUCUAUUGUAUAUUUUUAAAUAUUAAUUAUAAUUAUAACAUAAAUUAUUGUAAAUGUAAAUAACGUAAAUGUAUAGAUGAUUAUGAUGAACGAUAAACUUAAGUUCAGUGGUAGAUUUUUUUUUUU